GAAACCUACCAGAAGAAACACAAGGAUUAUUUUAUACAUAAAAUAUUGGAGAAAAACAUUGCAGAUACAAGUGGUCUACUUAACGAGGGCUUCCACGAUGAAGAAAAAGGUGAAAAAACUACAAUUGAGAGCCCUGACGUCCUGCAUACCCCAGUCAUAUUGGAUGAUGGCUCCUCUCUCAACGUCCAACACUACCGCUACUUUCGGCAUAAGAAGCAGUCUCUCAUAUGGGAUUCUUUACGCGCGCACUGGGCCCGUCUCGCGGGCCUUGAAUGUGGGGCCACGUGCGCACAACUACAAGCUAUGGGAGCCCGCGCGCCUUCUAGCGAACGCCGCGUACGCCUGCUGAACAUCUACGGGCUCAACGAGAUCAAAGUGCCGGUCCAGUCCAUCCUGACGCUGAUCCUGUUGGAAGUCUUCAACCCUUUCUAUGUGUUUCAACUGUUCACCAUCGCCGUGUGGUUGGCAGAGCCGUACUACUACUACUGUAUAGCGGUGGUGCUGAUGUCCACGUUUGGUGUGGCCACGUCUGUUAUACAGACUAAGAAGAACCAGCAGAACCUCCGAGCAACAGUCGAAGCGUAUGACACCGUAGAGUUAUGGGACGGUCGCACCGUAGACAGUCGUGCGGUGGCACCUGGUGACGUCAUCGUGAUCCCACGCCAUGGGUGCACCAUGCAUUUAGAUGCGGUCUUGCUUACCGGCGCCGCCGUACUCAAUGAGAGCAUGCUCACGGGUGAAUCGGUCCCAGUGACGAAGACUGCGCUCUUGCGAACGGAUCGCCCUUUUGACAUGAAGGAACACUCGUCCAGCAUCCUGUUCUGCGGGACCAAGGUCAUACAGACGCGGUACUACAACAACGAACCGGUUAGAGCGUUGGUCCUUCGAACCGGAUACAACACGAGCAAGGGUCAGCUAGUACGCAGUAUUCUAUACCCUGCACCGGCAGACUUCAAAUUCGACCGGGAUUCCUACAAGUUCAUCUUCAUACUUGCCGUCAUCGCGCUCAUCGGACUGGCCUACACUGUGGCUCUAAAG